CACUGCAGCCCGCGAGGGCAAAGGUACUUAUUUGGCGAGGAAAGCUGCGGCCGUCGCUUUGCUUCUCAAACCCGCUAGGUCGUAGGAAUGUGGCUAACCGGUCUUGCAGUCUCCGUCGCAGAAACUAUUCUCAAGACGGAACCUAAGCUCGCUGUACGAGAAGACGAUGAUGGCAGGCUUCCCAUACACUGGGCCGCGUCCUCCAACUGCAUCGACAUUAUCAUUCUACUUGCGCAGAUUCGUAGCUUUGACCCUGAUGUCCAAGAUGGCAGCGGCUGGACGCCGCUAAUGAUCUCUGCAAGCCUCAAAGAUGGCGAGGAUCUUGUCAAUUUACUUCUCCAAAAGGGCGCCGAUGUCAACCUGAAGAACCAUAACGGACAGGGUGUUCUGCACUUUGUGGCAUCCAAAAACAACUUAGACGUCGCAAAGAAGCUUCUCAACCACGACCCGCCCGCGUCUACCAAGAUCCGCGACAAACGCAGUCAGUAUGCCAUACACAGGGCUGCCGCCAUAGGCUCAGUUCCGAUGGUGACACUUCUGAUCAAACAUGGGAGUCCUCUCAAUGCCACCGACGCCUCUGGCUACACUGCCCUGCAUCACGCUGUUGCUGAGGGCCACGGUGCGCCCAACUACAGGCCUCGGCUACAUGAUAUGGAAGCAACUGACACUUCGUAUCAGGCGACACAGCAGUGGCUUUGCUAAAAGCUGGUGCCGUGAUCAACAGAAAGGACAAUGAUGGGUGUCUACCUUUAGAUUUGGCUCCGGACAAGGAGGUUCGCCGCUUCAUUGAACGCGCUGCCGAGGAGGAGGGCAUAGAGCUAUGAAUAAGCUGAGCUAGCCACAGGUAUAGCACGUGGUAUUUCGCCUCCCUGGCUCCGGCGGUGGUAAGAAUACACUUUCAUGUUGACUCGCACCAAAUUACAACCGCGUGA